GGUCGACGAGGUAAGUUACAUAUUUGUACGCCAUUGAAUAUUUUAUGCAUGUUUAUUUUAAUUCAGUUCUAUAUAUUAAAUUUUCAGACUGACGUUGCACCUAUCGAUGCUGAAGAUGAUGUUUAUGAAGUAUUACCUGGUGGUGUUCGUCAUUUUGUUCGUACGGCUGGUGAUCGUUAUUUUAGGAUUCCCGAUCCUGUUUCACGUAUGGCUAGACUUGAUGAAGGUUUAAGAGAUAUCACCGUUAGACUUAAUCAUCUGGAUCCGCCAAAGCAAUUUACUCACGGUACCAGACGUGAAAGGAAAAGCGAUGGAUCUGGAUGGCGAUAUGCUUUAACCAGUUGGAAGAAGUUUAUGAAAGCUGCUGGAAUUAAGGUCCGUGACAGGGUUUAUUAUUCUUUUGAUGAAAAUGACCAGGUUUUGAGUGUUGAUCUGGUUGUACCUUACGUUAGGCUUAGUCAUUAGAGAUAAAACAAUUAUGUCAUGAUUUUUGGCUUCCAUAUGUUACUUUUUAAGUUUUUAUAUGGUUUUUAUGGUUA